GCGGUGAAACGUCAAUUUGUUUCGGCUUACUUAGAUACACAUGUCCUUUAGAGGCCCUACAGUUUGUCUCCGUCAGAUCCAAAAGAACAACGGUUUGAGGUUAUGGCUGCUCAGGUCACAGAAUCGGAUCAAAUUAAACAGUUCAAGGAGUUUCUUGGCACCUACAACAAACUGACCGAGAGCUGCUUCAUGGACUGUGUGAAAGACUUCACAACCAGAGAGGUCAAAGCUGAAGAGACUUCAUGCUCAGAGAGCUGUCUACAGAAGUAUCUAAAAAUGACACAACGGAUCUCGAUGCGCUUCCAGGAAUAUCAUAUUCAGCAGAAUGAGGCUUUAGCAGCCAAAGCUGGCUUAUUAGGUCAGCCACGAUAGUCGACUACUGUUUUUACAGACUUGUAUCCUCAGGCUGUAACUUUCACCCUGCCUGCUUUAUACUGGACUGAUGAGGCAGAGGACGACGUGUCAGAAGAUGGUGUCCUCCUAUUGAGUUAAGAUCACUAGCAAUGGUGGGAGGUUUGUUUCCUGUUCUUCCGACUGUGAAGACUUACCAGGUCUGACUUGGGCUUAAUGUGAAAGUAGUGUUUUUUGUUGGGCUGUUUUUUUAAAUAGUCAGGGUCUUUUUAUGUAAUCACUGCUAAUGUAUGAAACAAAUAAAACAACUAAAUAAGUCA